UCGCCGAGCGCGCAUGCGCCGUGACGGUCGAGUUGUGCUGCUUUUCGACCCUCCUCGGCUUCCUUCGGCGCUGUUCAACCCUUCCCAGCUUCCCUCGGCCUCCUUCGGCUCCCUUCGACCCUCCUCGGCCCCGCUCGGCUCCCUUCGACCCUCCUCGGCCUCCUUCGGCUCCCUUCGACCCUCCUCGGCCCCGCUCGGCCUCCUUCGGCUCCCUUCGACCCUCCUCGGCCCCGCUCGGCUUCCUUCGGCUCCCUUCGACCCCCUUCGACCCUCCUCGGCCCCCCUCGCUCCCUUCGACCCUCCUCGGCCCCGCUCGGCUUCCUUCGGCUCCCUUCGACCCUCCUCGGCCCCGCUCGGCUUCCUUCGGCUCCCUUCGACCCUCCUCGGCCCCGCUCAGCUUCCUUCGGCUCCCUUCGACCCUCCUCGGCCCCGCUCGGCCUCCUUCGGCUCCCUUCGACCCUCCUCGGCCCCGCUCAGCUUCCUUCGGCUCCCUUCGACCCUCCUCGGCGCUCCCCAAGUUCCCUCCCGCCUCGCUCGGCUCCUUUCGGCCCUGCUCGACCGUUCCCAGCCUCCCUCCAGCCCCUUUCGUCCCUUCCGGGCUUGUCUCGGCUCUUUCCGCCACCGCUCGGCUCCUUUCGUCCCCUCCCCAGCCCCGCUCGGCUCCCUUCACCCUCCCCCCGCCUGCCCUCGGCUCCUUUCGGCCCCGUUCGGCCCGGCCAUGGCCGCGGGCCGGCAUUCGCCGCCCGGUCCCUGCUGCCCGUCGCGGGUGGCGGUUCCCAGCGUGUACCAGAGCCUGCCCGAGAUGGACUUCGAACGGGGGAUCUGGGCAGCGGCGCGGGAUGGGGACGAGCCCCGAGUGCUGGAGCUGCUGGAGCGGCGCGGGGAGCCCGGGCAGACCGACCUGGCAGGGUACACGGCGCUGCACUAUGCCAGCCGUAACGGGCACCUGGGGGUCUGCCGGCUGCUGCUGCAGCGCGGAGCCUGCUGCAAUGCCCGCACCCCCGGCGGUGCCACCCCUCUGCACCGGGCCAGCUACUGCGGCCACCUCGCCGUCGCCAAGCUCCUGCUCGCCCACGGUGCUGAUCCGGCUGCCACCGACGAGGAUGGGCGCACCAGCCUGCACAAGGCAGCUGUGCAGGGCCACCGGGAGCUCUGUGCCCUGCUCCUGCAGCACAGCCCAGCGCUGGCCAGCGCCUGCGAUGCCAAGGGACAGUGUCCCCGAGACGUGGCCCACCCUUCAGUAAGGGACCUGCUGGAGGAGACCUGAGUGGGACAGAACCACCAGGACCUGCUGGAGGAGACCUGAAGGGAGACAGAACCACCAGGAUCUGCUGGAGGAGACCUGAGGGCCACAAAGCCACCAUGCAGUGGGGCACAGGCUACCACCAGACCCAUCUCCCACGGAUGAACAAUGCACUCGGUGCCAUCUCCACCUCUCUGUGUCUCUUGUGCCAGGUGGUGGUGCCACAGCACAAUUCUGUGCCUGUCCCCACCCCGUUGGUGACUUAUUUGCUAAAAAAAAAACACCCCAAAACAUGACAAA